AUGGACAACUUAAUACCAUCAUGGCAGUCCCAAGGCAGGACGCCACCACAGUACCACAAUCGGGGGUGUGAAAUACCUGAUACCCACUUGAGAGGGAUCACCCUCGAAGUACUUGAAGAUUUGGCCAAUUUUGUUAGUUCAGAGCUGAACUCGGGAUAUCACAUUUCAGAUGGCUACAGCCAGCAAAACGUCUCCAUGGAGACCGUCAAUCUUUACCAUGUAAAUGAUCAUUUUGUCAAACCACUUACGCAGAGAGACAAUUGUUCAUUUGUCGAAUUGGCAUGCAGCCAGUGCACGCCGCCUCGCUAUUUUCUGAGCCAUUGGUGGGGAACCCCACUGAUGGAUACCAUUCGGAUGCUCAAGCUCCAUCGGGAGACAUGCAAAGAGGUAGACAGGUUUGAGGACAAUGCAGCCUACACCGUCUGGAUCUGCACGUUUGCCAAUAGGCAGCACAGUCUGGAGGAACUCUCUGCUACGGACUAUCUUGACACUCCCUUUGCCAGGGCCAUAUUAUCCGAGCAAUGCAGGGGCACCGUCUUGCUUUUAAAUGAACUCAAUGCCACCCCAUUCACCAGGUCCUGGUGCAUUUUUGAGGCCUUUGUUUCUUUGACCCAUGCCAAAAGCAAAGGACCAGAGCCAGCACACCACAGUCGACGACGCACAAGACCAUAUCGUCUCGAUGCGGCAACUAUCAUUUCAAAGGGACAGUGUGACUCCGCAGGCGAAUCAAAUGAGCGCUGCGCAGGCCUCCUGAUUGGCCUCACAGAAUUCGACGAGAGUGGUGUAUUAACAGCGGCGAACGACAAUAAGCUUUCGAUGGUCACGGACCACGAAAUAAGCGCCAACGGAGAGAACCCUGCUGGCAGUGCCUGGUUUCCUCUUCAGGUCGCAAUGACUGGGAUUCGUUUGAACAUUCUGCAUGCAAGAGCCACUAUGGAAUCCGACGAACAAAACAUUCGUCUUUGGGUGGGAGACAAGGCCGACGAGAUCAAUGCUGCCCUCCGCAAAGGAUUUGUGCGACCGGCACUGAAAGCUGCCGUCUUGGCUUGCAAUGUUGUCAUGCUGCGCGAAAUUUUUGAGAGUCAAAUCAUCCCCAACGAAGCAUUAGUACGAAUUGUAGGAGAACUAGAUCUGUUGACGACUCUGCUCAGCAGCUCGUUCGUGAAGAAAGAAGAGUGCACCCCCCAGAGAGACCAAGAGGUUGCUGAAUGCAUCCGAUGCCUCCUUUCCAAUGGGUGCGACCCAAACUAUCCCUAUAUGGGAUUGGAAUCUAUGGUGCACCCACUGGGAGUUGCUUUGGUAACCAAGAUGCAUGAGAGUGCACGGGUACUGCUUGAGUUUGGAGCUGACCCCAAAAAGUUGGGGAUCGUUGACUUAUUGAGCGUCAGCUAUAAAGACUGUCCAGAUGAUAUCUUGGAUACCCUUCGUGAGCAUGGCGUUGUCAUGAAAGGUAGAUGCAUGAGGGCUUGUUACCCGUGUUGCGUGUGUGUUUGGUUUUGCAGUUAUCUGUGUGAAUUAAAGGGAGCACUCUUCAGCCAGUCAAGCUAA